ACUGCUUCACUAUUCAUUCAGGUGGAAACUUUGCCCCUUCUUCCAAGAAAAGAAACCGCCAACACUUCAACAGAAUUUCUCGUAAUCAGCUUCAAUCUUCCUAUCAUCUUCAAGCCCUAGCCCCAAUCUAUCUACAAUGGCUGCAGAGCAGCCGGCGCUGAAGGCGAGUUCUGCCGGUGGACUUCUGGCUAUGCUGAAGGAAACUCACCCGAAGCUGAAGUUGCACGCUCUCACCUAUCUCAACGCCUAUGUCGACUACUUCUGGCCCGAGGUCGCCGAUUCCAUCCCGCUUAUAGAAAGUUUGUAUGAAGAUGAAGAGUAUGGCCAAAAGGAGCUAGCUGCCUUGUUGCUAUCAAAGGUUUACUUUUAUUUGGAUGAGCUGAAUGAUUCAUUGUCCUAUGCUCUGGGAGCUGGCCCUCUUUUUGAUGUAUCUGAGGACUCAGACUACAUCCGUGCUCUACUUGCUAAAGCAAUAGACAAAUAUGCAAAGCUUACGACCAAAGCAGCUGAGAUGAACGAUAAAUCAACUGUGAUUGACCCUAGGAUGGAAGCGAUUGUUGAGAGAAUGCUGGAUAAAUGUACAACAGAUGGAAAAUAUCGACAAACGAUAGGGAUGGCAAUUGAAUGUAGAAGAUUGGAUAAGCUUGCGGAGGCAGUUUUAAGAAGUGACAAUGUUCAUUCGACAAUUGACUAUUGCAUAGAUGCCUGCCAUUCCUUUGUCAAACAGAGGGAGUAUCGACUUGAUAUACUCUUCCUUAUGGUCAAAAUAUAUCACCAGCUGCCACCUCCUGAUUAUUUGAGCAUGUGUCAGCACCUAAUGUUCCUAGAUGCGCCCUAUUGCGUUGCAACCAUAUUGCGAAUACUCUUAAGAACAGAAUAUGUCGAGGAUGCACUAUUGGCAUUUCAGAUUGCAUUUGAUCUUGUGGAAAAUGAGAAUCCAGCUUUCCUUUCGAAGGUGAGUGAUCUGCUUCCCAGUCCCAAGUCACAGCCUUCAGAGCCUGCUCAGGUGUUGGAGUCAGCUCAGCCAAAUUCUGCAGUAACUGAAAUUGCUCUGACAACAGAGGAUGCUCAAAUAACAGAUGUAGUUGACAACGGAGGAUGCUCAUAUCAAGCAAACACAGUAUAUACUGAUCCAGUUGAAGCAGUUUAUGCCCAUGGGUUGCCAACAAUCAGAGGAAUUCUGGAUGGAGAAACUUCCAUACGGUUGGCGCUGCAAUUCUUACACAGCCAUAACAAAUCAGAUCUCCUUAUUCUUAAGACAAUAAAGCGGUCUGUUUUGAUGAGAGAUAAAGUCUGUCAUACUGCAAUUGUAUAUGCUAAUGCUAUUAUGCAUGCUGGAACAUCUGUUGAUAGAUAUCUGAGGGAAAGUAUGGACUGUGUGACGAGGGCCACACAUUGGGCGAAAUUCAGUACAAUCGCAGGACUUGGCGUCAUCCAUCGUGGUCAACUACAACAAGGAAGGUCCUUCAUGGCACCUUACUUGCCGCAGGAUGGGGGUGAUGGUGGCUGUCCAUACUCGGGAAGUGGAGCAUUAUAUGCUCUUGGUUUAAUUCAUACAAAUCAUGGAAAAGGCAUAACACCCUUUUUGCUGGAAAACCUAAGGCGCACUAAAAUAGAGAUCAUUCAGCAUGGUGCCUGCCUGGGCCUUGGUUUGGCAGCAUUAGGCACUGCUGAUGAAGAGGUCUUUGAGGAAGUAAAUAAUGUGUUGUAUACUGACAGUGCUGUUGCUAGUCAGGCUGCUGGUAUUAGUUUGGGUUUAGUGAUGGUUGGAACUGCUACUGAGCAGGCUGGGUUUAUGCUUGCAUAUGCACAAGAAACCCAACAUGAAAAGAUUAUUAGGGGUUUGGCCUUCGGAGUAGCACUUACAGUCUAUGGAAGAGAGGAAGAAGCUGAUACACUCAUUGAGCAAAUGACUAGGGAUCACGACCCUGUAUUGCGUUAUGGAGGCAUGUAUGCACUAGCCUUGGCAUACAGAGGAACAUCAAACAAUAAGGCCAUUCGUAAGUUGCUGCAUUUUGCUUUAUCAGAUGCAAGCGAUGAUGUCAAAAGAACUGCUGUUCUUGCCCUUGGAUUUGUAUUGUACUCUGAUCCUGAACAGUGCACUAAAACUGUCUCCCUGUUAUCGACGUCCUACAAUCCACACAUGCGUUAUGGUGCUGCACUGGCGGUUGGGAUUGCUUGUGCGGGUACUGGGCUUCCUGAGGCCAUAUCGUUGCUAGAGCCACUAACCUCAGACAUUGUUGACUUUGUCUGUCAAGGCGCUCUUAUUGCAAUGGCAAUGGUGAUGGUUCAGAUCAGUGAAGCUAGUGACGCUCGUGUUGGUGCUUUCAGGAGACAACUGCAAAAGAUAAUCAUGGAUAAGCAUGAAGAUAACAUGAGCGUGAUGGGUGCUAUAUUAGCUUCAGGGAUUAUAGAUGCUGGUGGACGGAAUGUAACCAUCAAGUUACUUUCAAAGACAAAACAUGAUAAAAGGACUGCCGUUGUAGGUCUUGCUGUUUUCAGUCAAUACUGGUACUGGCACCCAUUCAUCUAUUUCAUCAGUUUGGCAUUCUCACCGACUGCCUUAAUUGGUCUGAACUAUGACCUGAAUACACCCAAGUUUAAUUUCCUAUCACAAGCCAAGCCAUCAUUGUUUGAAUACCCUAAGCCUACUACUGUCCCCAUGAAUGAUAUAACUUUUGAGACCACUGCAAUCUUAUCAACAUCAUUAAGAGACAAAAUCAGGGCUCUUGAGAAAGAGAACGAUAGGCAGGCCGAGGAAAUGGAAGCUAAGAAGACGGAGAUCAUGAAGCUGGUCGAGGCAAUCAUGGAUCGUAAUAAAGAGACCGAGAGAAACAGGGCUAGGAAGAGUCUGGCCGAGGCUGAGAAGGCAGAAAUAAGUCCUAGAAAGGGUAAAUCAAUCAACAAGGAUGGGGAUUCUAUGCAGGUGGAUAGCAAUGCGGAGGAGAAAACAGAACCUGAGCCAUCGUAUGAAAUUUUAACUAAUCCUGCAAGGGUAGUUCCUUCUCAAGAGAAAUACAUCAGAUUUUUCGAUGACAGCAGAUACAAGCCAGUUAAGAAAGCCUCUUCAGGAUUUGUGGUAUUCCUAGAUCUACAACCAGAUGAGCCCGCAGAAUAUUCUAUCUCUGAUCCUCCCUUGUUAUCGCCAUUGUCAUCGUUAUUGACUGACAUGUCUGGUGGAUCAGCCCCUGGGCAGCAGUAACCGGCCACAGGAACAGCAAUGCCACCCCCACCACCCUUUGACUUCAGCUCGUAAUCCAUCAGCGUUGUAGGUAACUUUCUGUGGCUCGUUCUGCAUAUUUCGAUGGAGAAUGUCGAUAUGUUCUAGCUGGUCAGGGAGGUGUUCAGUAGUCAAGUGCCAUUCUUCUGCUCUAACUGGAGUUCUCUCAAUAUAGAUAAAUGUACAGAGGCAAAGGUGUAAAAACGCACCUUAUAUUUCUUAGUUUCACAAAUAUUCCUUCAAGUAUGUUUUGGUACAAAAAAUGAAGCAAUUUCACCGGUUAGUAAAUAUCCACAAUUUACUCA